AUGGAUCGUCAGUCUGUUUACUCGACACACGUUUACGAACCGAGCCAUGGUGAUACUGGCGACACUCGGCUGCAGCUUCAGAAACAGCUUGAGACAUUCAUUCUUGAUUUCAGGCUUGACAAUAACUUCGUAUACCGUGACCAGCUGAGAGAGAAUGCGCUGCUGAAAAACUACUUCUGCGAUGUCAAUAUCACCGACCUCAUCAACUUCAACGAAGAACUCGCACAUAAACUUGCCUCUGAACCCGCAGAGAUCAUCCCUCUUUUCGAGUCGGCAUUGAAGAAAUGCACCCACCGAAUCGUCUUUCCCCACGAACGCAAAGUCGAUCUCCCAGACCACCAGCUUCUCCUCCACUCCGACGCCGACGAUGUAUCGAUCCGCAACCUCGACUCCAUGACCAUUGCCAGGCUUGUCCGAGUUCCCGGAAUAGUCAUCGGCGCCUCAGUCAUGUCUUCCAAGGCGACUGAGCUUCAUAUCCAAUGCAGAAAUUGCCAGUAUCAGUCAACAAUCCCUGUCCUCGGUGGCUUCACCGGUGUGUCGCUGCCAAGAACCUGCGAUCGCAAGCGGGUCCCGAGCGAUCCGACCCCCCAAUGCCCGAUGGACCCUUAUUUUGUCAUGCACGAAAAAUCGAAGUUCGUUGAUCAACAAAUCAUCAAGCUUCAGGAAGCGCCAGACCAAGUCCCCGUGGGAGAACUGCCACGCCAUGUGCUCAUUUCGGCCGACAGACACUUGACGAACCGGGUUGUGCCUGGUUCAAGAUGUACCGUUAUGGGCAUCUUCUCUAUUUACCAGAAUAAAGCGUCCAAAAAUUCUUCCAACGGCGGGGCUGUUGCGAUUCGAACACCGUAUCUUAGGGCCGUCGGCAUUCAAACAGACAUGGAUAAGACGGCUAAAGGAAACGCUAGCUACACAGAGGAGGAGGAGCAAGAGUUUCUGGAACUCAGUCGGAAACCAGACCUUUACAAUAUCAUGGCCGACUGCAUUGCGCCGUCCAUUUACGGCAAUCGCGAUAUAAAAAAGGCCAUUCUGUGCCUAUUGCUGGGUGGUUCCAAGAAGAUUCUCCCUGACGGUAUGCGGUUGAGAGGUGACAUCAAUGUCUUGCUUCUUGGUGAUCCUGGAACUGCCAAGUCUCAACUGCUAAAGUUUGUGGAAAGAGCGGCGCCUAUUUCUAUUUACACGUCCGGCAAGGGCUCGUCCGCUGCUGGCCUGACAGCCUCUGUUCAACGAGAUCACUCCACUAGAGAGUUUUAUCUCGAAGGCGGCGCUAUGGUUCUUGCUGACGGUGGUGUGGUCUGUAUCGACGAGUUCGACAAGAUGCGAGACGAGGACAGGGUGGCGAUUCACGAAGCCAUGGAGCAGCAAACAAUUUCGAUUGCGAAGGCCGGCAUCACCACCAUUCUGAAUGCUCGAACAUCUGUUCUGGCUGCCGCCAAUCCUAUAUUUGGCCGAUAUGAUGACAUGAAGACGCCAGGAGAGAACAUUGAUUUCCAGACGACAAUUUUGUCCCGUUUUGACAUGAUAUUCAUCGUGAAAGAUGAGCACACGCGGCAAAAAGACGAGACGAUAGCAAAGCAUGUCAUUGGCAUCCAUAUGGACGGUCGCGGUCAGGAGGAAGUGGCUGAAUCAGAGAUCCCCGUGGAGAAGAUGCGAAGAUAUCUGACCUACUGCAGAACCCGUUGCGCUCCUAGACUUAGCGAUGAAGCUGCCGUGAAGCUCUCGUCGCACUUUGUGGCCAUCCGUCGACAGGUUCACGCGUCCGAAAUGGAAUCCAACACUCGCUCCUCUAUCCCCAUCACCGUUCGCCAACUGGAAGCUAUUGUCCGCAUCACGGAGUCCCUCGCAAAGCUCACGCUCUCCCCAAUCGCCACUGAAGAGCACGUGGAUGAGGCCAUCAGACUAUUCCUCUGUUCCACCAUGGACGCUGUUAACCAGGGCAGCAAUCAAGGUAGCCGCGAGUUGAAUGAGGAAGUGAACCGGCUCGAGGUUGAACUCAAGCGACGACUCCCCAUCGGAUGGAGCACGAGUCUGGCGACGCUUAGGCGAGAAAUGGUCGAGGGUAAGGGGUACAGUGAGCAAGGUUUGAACAGGGCACUCAUGAUUAUGCAACGGCGCGAUACCAUAAUGUUUAGAAACUCCGGGGCACAGGUGUACCGGAAUGGGGCUUAA